AUGCUGCGCAGAGCGAUUCGAAUAAAGAGUGGAACAGAAGAUGAUAAUGCAGAUUCGGGCGCAGAGACUGCCGAAUCUGACUGCAGCAAGAUGUCAUCAACAAGCAAUGACCUCAUGUCUGUGCCAGUCAGGGAACCCCUGAUAAUGACAGUGCACCUGCUGGCCAACCCUGGAGACUCUCUGCUGCUGCAGCAUACCCUAGACAGGCUGCUGAAGUGGAUGUGCCCUGGCCUGCGUCUCUUCCACGUGUCAGAGAGGGCCUGCCCGCUGCGGGACUACGCCCGCUCGCACCUGUGCCCUGUGGCUGGCUACCCCUCGCUGGCCGUGACCCUCUUCCUGCACGAGUCCUACGGGGAGGAGCGCAUUCUGCGGGUGCUGGACUUCCUGCAGCGCCCCCCCUGGCAGUACCACCACACAGAGAGCUGCGGGGGAAGGGCGGGGGGCAUCCACAUAACCUCCACCACCUCCCCCUCCAACGCCCUCCUGCGGCCUUACCUCCUGCCCAGCCGGGACUUCUACAGCCUGGGCAAAGGGAUGCCAGUGUGGGGGGUUCGCCCGGUGCACUGUGGGGGCGAGAUGCUGAGAGUGACGCUGUACAGUGGGUACGAUAACUUCGAGGACGCCGUGCGGCUGUACGAGACCAUUCUGCAGCGGCAGGCCGAGGAGCAGAAGACGGGGUUUUGCUGGUUUACCCUCCACACGGAGGGUGGACUCUGCCUGCAGCUCGCCAUCAAACAGCUCUCGCCCGGGGUCAGGGUGGAGCCAUGCGACUCAGCUGUGCUGCAGUUCCGGGCAGAGGAAAUCGGGCAGCUCGUCCCCCUGCUGCCGAACCCCUGCACCCCUAUCAGUGCCACCCGGUGGCAGACAGAGGACCUUGACGGCAACAAGAUACUCUUUCAGGUGAAAGGGCAAUCACAGCCACAGCUUUCCACAACCUCAGCUUUCUCUCUGAACUGCUUCCACACUCCCCCCACCCCCCUGCAAAGGACUGGGCCCCCCUCCCUAAUCCAGGCUGUGUCUCUCAGCAGUCGUAAGCUCCAACUGAAGGACAGGGGAUUGGGUGGGACUGUGGGGGAACGUGGCUCAGAGAGUUAUCCCGCGGGGCUGAAGUGCUGGGGAAGUGGGGGGUGCCCAAGGGAGGAGAGCAUGGGAUCAGACAGCUGCUGCAGCACUCCACUGAGCAGCUCCUGUUACUCGUCCCAGCGCAGCAGCCCGGCCACACUGUCCGUCCACCCCAACGAGGCCUGCAGCCGGCCCCCUUCCCUGAUAGACCCCUCCCUCUCCUGCUUCUUGCCCGAGGAGCCUGAGACCAACGUGGACACGGGGUUUGCUGUGGUGCCCCGACCGGAGAGGCCCGCGGCUGUAGGCGCCUCUGCUCUCGACUCUCUUGCCAAGGAUCUGUGCCAGAGCCUGCCAGACACUUCCCGGGGACUGAGGACAAGAGGCACGCCGCCAGCCUACUCACGGGACAUGGCCUUGACAUCGUCCAUCUGCACCUCCAGAACGCUGCGGAACAGCGCUCAGAGUCCCAGAGGAGGUCUGUGCACAGACCUGGCCCUGCAGAGGGAAUCUGCGGAGCAGAAACCAGCAACAGACUACUUGUCCUACACUCCAAUGCAGCACACUAUCCAGCAGGAUGAGUUCUUCAUCUGA